UGCACGUCUCUCUCUCUCUAUCUCUUGAUUCAAUUUUUCAUUUUGGUUUAUUUUCUUAACCAACACCAAAACCGCCUUUUUCAAAGGUUAAAAAAAACUUUCUAUUUUCUCUUAUUUCUUCCCUUUUUCAUAGUUAGGGUUUGGUUAGAAACUCCAUAGGAAUGUUCCAGAACGCACUUCCUUCGUUCUCUAAUUUCAGUACCAGCCUUAUCUUCACAACACUGGCUUGAUUUUUUCUUCCCUUUUUUAUUUUUUUUCUUCAGGGUUACUUCAUAGAAGGAAGCUUGUGUUGGUUCUGUUUAUACAAUGUAUCGGGUUUAAUUUGUGUUCUCUUGAUCGAAGGUGCUUUUUGAUACUCACAAUUGACAAGCCCUAAUUUUGAAUUUUAAACCAUUCAAGAUAUGUUUAACGAAGGUGCCCCUGAGUUUGUUGUUGAUCAGAAUUUGUAUUACCCUGCUGCCACCAAUUAUGGGUUUUAUUGUACAGGAUUUGAAUCACCCGUUGAAUGGGAGGACCACCAUAGGUUUUUUGGUGUAGAUGGUCCUGAUAUUCAGUUCACGGGUGCACAAGAUGAAAGUUUGCCAUAUGUAUAUUACACACCUAACUAUGGGUUUGCACAGUCUCCAUACAAUCCAUACAAUCCUUAUAUUCCAGGUGCUAUGAUAGGAGUUGACAGUUCAUUUGGAGGAGCACAGCAAUAUUACUCCCUCCCCAAUUAUCAAAACCCUAUAUCUUCGCCAGCUUAUAUUCCUCUUGGUCUACCGGAAAAUUUUCCUGAUAGUUCUGUUGACUCAUUAUUUGAUAACAGUGCUUCUGUCAGUAGACCUGAUGGAAGAGGUUUGAAACAUAAGUUCAAUUCAGCUUCUGGUGCUUAUACUAGGAACUCUUCAAAACCAUUAUCAAAUCAGACAAGUCCCUUUGUCAGGGCAUCUGAGGGAUCUAGAGCUAAUGCUGUGGCAAAAAAAGAUUUGACAAAUGGAAGUGUUUCCAAUUGUGGUUUUCUUAAUUUGUCUUCAUCACCUUCCCAUCAGGCUAGAAGUGCUGAUGUAUCAUUCCCGCCUGUAGAUACUAUUACCAAUGGAAAUGUUUUGUCCCAUCGUAAUCAAUUGAAAGUAGCUGCUCCUUUCAGUAAUGGAUUUUCUGACUAUGGAUCAAAUGCUAAUGGACAGUCUGCAUUUGCUAAACUUAGGCCCAAGGUUCAUGUUGCCAAAGUGCCAAGUGAUGUAAAUAGAAGUGGUGAUGUAUUGGGUGAGCAAAAUCGGGGCCCUAGAAUUAGUAGGCCAAAACAUCAUCUGGCUUAUACAACCAAGUCGGGAGAUGCCAACACACAAGAAAACAUCAUUUAUACUGAUCAAUAUAACAGGGAUGACUUCCCUAUUGACAAUGAAAUUGCAAAGUUUUUUGUGAUAAAAUCAUACAGCGAGGAUGAUGUGCACAAAAGCGUUAAAUAUAAUGUAUGGUCAUCGACGCCUCAUGGAAACAAGAAGCUGCAGAGUGCUUAUGACGACGCUAGGAGAAAAGCCACUGGAAAAUCUGGAGGCUGUCCUAUCUUUCUUUUCUUUUCAGUUAAUGCUAGUGGUCAGUUUUGUGGAGUCGCUGAGAUGAUUGGUCCUGUUGACUUAAAUAAGGAUAUGGACUUUUGGCAGCAAGAUAAAUGGAGUGGAAGUUUUCCUGUAAAGUGGCACAUCAUAAAAGAUGUGCCAAAUGCCAAUUUUAGGCACAUUAUACUAGAGAACAAUGAGUACAAGCCUGUAACUAAUAGCAGAGACACACAAGAGAUAAUGUAUAGAAAGGGUUUGGAAAUGCUGAAGAUAUUCAAGAAUUAUACAUUGAAGACAUCUUUGCUUGAUGACUUUAUGUACUAUGAAAAUCGACAGAAGGUCAUGCAGGAGGAGAAAGCUAAGUUGCUAAUCAAGGGUUAUGGUUAUGGAAGUCCAUUAUCCGUACCAGCGUUUGAGCCACCUCGAAAGCUGAAUUACGUUUUAGAAAUUCCUCCUGUAAGUGAUGAGAAUAAUUCAAAGACAGAUGAUGAACUUGGUAGCUUAAAACAGUCUUCAAUUUCAAGUGCUGAGCAUAUUGUUAAUAGUUCCGAUGUCACCGGCACUACAUCUGUAGAUGAAAAGGCCCUGAAUGGUGCAGUUGACAGACAAGAUAUUUCUUCUGUCCUAAAGAUUGGUUCAGUCACUAUUACCCCAAAACAGGUAGAGAGUAAACCAUCUGAUACAGAACCAUUUCAUGUUGUCACAGUUGGUUCUAUGCAAGUCAAAGUUAAUGGAUUUUCUGAGUCUCCUAGUGUUUUAAAGGUUGGGAGUAUCCAACUUGAUCCAAGAUCUCUACAAGCAAGCGAAGGAACCACUUGCAUCAAAACUGGACCUCAUCCUUAAAUUUUCCCGGGUAUAUCAAGGGACUAUUUUUGAAUUAAUUGAAAGAUGGAUUGAUAUAUGUUGUAUCGCAAUUGGGAAGUUGGGUUUCUUUUCAAAUUUGUACUUUGCUUUCACUUGAUUGAUACAUGGCCAUGCCGUUGGAUGGAUCUUUCUAGCGGUGUUGAUACAUAAAGCUUUAAAUGAUUUAGUGUAAGGUUCGUUAUAUUUCAUCUGUCAUUCUCAAGGUUGUUUUCUACUUUGCAGCUUUCAUCCAUUAUGUGGUCAAACUUGCUAAAACUUUCACUCCUUUUGUUGUGUAUUUCUUCCUGCUUUGCCUUUUGUGAUUUCCAUUCUGUUAUAUUGUGAUGUAUUUUUAGUUUUAUGUGAUUUUACAGUGAAAGCUUAGCAUUAAGAUUAUGACAAUGAAUAUGUGUUUCUUGUGUUUUAA